AUGGCUCCCCAGAGAUCCACAGGAGGGUGCAAAUAUACCUACUCUUUGGCAUCGUCUAUCAAGGUUGCUUGCCUCAAAUCACAUGAGCAAAGCUGCCUGUCAUGGAAGGAAAAGAAGAAAGAGGAUAGAGAGUUUUCCUGGGCUGCAGUAAAGUCAAUUUUGAAGGAAGGAAAAUCUAAACAUCACCAUGAUAAGAGGUGUGCUCAUGAGGCAGCUCAAGAUACCACACUAGUAGUUCAGGAGGCUGGUUCAGCAACUGAUUCACUGGCUGCAGCAGAUUCACAUUAUCAUUAUGAUGAUGCAGGCCUUGAAGGCCUCAAUGAUGUGCAGAGUGUCAGGGGAGAUUCAUGGCUAUACUUCAAAUUUGCCAAACUCGUGCACCAAGCUGCCUUGAGCAAAGACCAAACUAAUGAACUACUCAAGUUCAUCUGGAGAGUUGCAGAUGGUCAUAUCAAGUUCACCCUCAAAACACAUAAUGAUGUGUCAGCUGCAUGA